ACUUUCAAUACCAUGUGAACUCUCAGAGACUCACUAUGAAAUUGUGGCCUCAGCUCUGAAGUCCAACCCGUCCCACCUGACAGAACUAUACCUGCGCUAUAAUGUGAUCCAGGAUUCAUCCAUGAAGGUUCUGUGUUCUGGGCUGGAGAGUCCAAACUGCAGACUGCAGACUCUGAGGUUGAAGGGCUGCAGUUUGUCAGAGAUCAGCUGUGAAGCUCUGAGUUCAACUCUGAAGAAGAACCCAUUUAAUCUGACAGAACUGGACCUGAGCAGGAACAAGAACCUGCAGGAUUCAGGAGUUCUUCAUCUGUGUGAUUUCCUGGAGAGUCCAGACUGCAGACUGCAGACUCUGAGGUUGAGCCACUGCAGGUUGUCAAAGAUGAGCUGUGAUGCUCUGGCUGCAGCUCUGAAGUCCAACUCGUCCCACCUGACAGAACUGGACCUGAGGAUGAACUACCUUCAUUCUUCAGAUGUUCAGCAGUUCCAGGAUCUGGUGGAGAGUCCAAACUCCAAACUUCAGACUCUGAGGUGGUGGUAGGUCUGAUGUUCCUCCUUUUGGAUCAGAGAGGAUCAUCAUCAUCCUCAGCUGGUCUGCAGAGAUGUUGUUCCUGAAGGUGGAGAGCAGAGUGAUGGAGGAAUCAGAGGAAGUGGAGAUGAUCAUCAGAGCUGCAGCAUGAACUGAUCUGAGAUCAGCUCCAAUUGUGAAGUCUACAAUGUUUAGUCUCCUGAAUCUAUAGAGUUAACCAGGACUUUAUCUUUAAUAGAGUCAGUUUUAUUUUUACAAACAAACUUAUAAAACAUUUGAUCAAUAUUUUUACAUGUAGAAGCAUCAACAUUUAGAGCAACAGCAGUAAAUGUAAAUGAAACAAUCAUUUUAUGCUCAGUUCUUUGAAUACAUUUGUGUUUUGUAGAAUUAUUUUUAACUUUAUUAACAAGCAACAUAAUACAACAACAAAGUGAAUCUCUCAGGGGAUUAAAAUGUGUACAAAUUGCAGAAAGACAAACAAACAAAAAUCAUAAACAUAUAUAAUACAUGAGAAAACAGAAAUAUCAAUUAAAAACCUUUGAUGUUCAAUAAACUUUACAUUUUUCAAAAAUCUAAUUCAUUUGAUUUGCUAUUUAGUUUUGAAGUUGUUUGAUGAUGUUUCUGUUAUAAAUAAUUUCAUUUAAGAAAUGUUGGAAUCUCAGUUUGGACCAUUUAGCUUAAUGAAUAUGGAAUUUGUUCAAUAAUAAAAACAACUGUAAUAAAAAUACAAUCUUUGUCUGCUUUGUCAGUAAAGUAACCCAGAAUUAUUUCUUUAUCUAAAAAUUUUACAGUUUCUUUACUUAUAUUUCUAAUUUAAUUUCCAACUUCCAUCCAAAACAUGUUAGUAUGUCUGCAGUCCACAAACAUGAUCAAUUAUUUCCUCUUUGAUUCAUAUCAACAACAA